AUGUCCGAGUUACAGGAGCAUAUCGAAAGCUGCGACUGCAGAUUAGUUUCUUGUCCAAACGACUGCGGGGGAAAGUUUUUGCAGCGAGGAAUCCCAAACCAUUUGGCAACUCGUUGCCCCAAGAAAUCUUCAAACACAUCUGCACCCGUGGAGUGCAAGUUCUGUGACGACGAAAUCGAUGCAAGCAGGAUUCAAGACCACGAGCAGAACUGCGACUGGAAACCCAAGCGUUGUCAACACUGUAACAUGGUCGUUAUCUCUCGUGACUUAAUGCGCCAUGAGAGCUCGUGUAAAACGAAUAUGAAGUCGUGUUCGCAUUGCAACGAAAACAUGCCGCAGUCUGCGUUGACCACCCACGCUGGUCGCUGCUCUAAACGUCCAAUCAAGUGCAUUCGAUGUUGCCAGCUCUUCCCUGCCGAUGCGAUUGUAGCACACUCUACGAAUUGCAAGGUCGUGCUAGCUCCUAUCAAGAUUCCACCUCCUCCGCCGUUCCCUCCACCGCCUUCUGCCACGACACCCACGCUGACAUCCCAACAAAACACUCGACGUGUUACAGCAGAUCCUUGGGUGACUGGACCGGCUUUGAGUGAGACCACGAAAGCAAGAGGUACGUAUUCAAUGAGGAAGCUUCAUGCUUAA